GGCUCAAAAUAGAGUCCUGGGAAGUGGGCAAAGAGCCUGUAGUCAAGUAGGUGACGGGUCUAUCAUGGUGGAUUUUCUUUCCUUAUAAUCAUUUUCAUUAAGGGAGCAAAAGAAGGGGAAGUAAAUUUGACAGCAGAUCAUGAUGCGUUACAAAGAGGAAAAAGAAGCAAAGAAGGAAGCUUUUAGGAAGUAUUUAGAUUCCAGUGGAGUCCUGGAUGCUCUUACACAAGUUCUCGUGGCAUUGUAUGAGCAAAAUGACAAGCCUUCUUCUGCCCUUGAGUUUAUUCAACAUAAAUUAGGAGGUCCUAGUGUAUCUGAUUAUGAAAAGCUACAAACUGAAUUGUCCGAUUUGCAGACGAAGUAUAAUGAUCUUUUGGCUGCACAUCAGGAAACUUGCAAAGAGCUUGAGGAACUUAAGAAUUCACAUAACAUGGCAUCUUCAAAAGAGACUGCUGAGGGGGAGGAACAGGCACCAACACCGAAGGAUGAAGUCUAAAGAUUCUGUGAACUCAUUCACUGUAAUGCUAAAAACAAGUUGUUGAUUCUGAUCAAGAGUGUUGAUUAACCAGUGUUCCGAAAAUGUUUUAUGAUGUGUUAUAGGCAUUAGAAUUUCUUCUGGAUAUUGUUCUCUUUCAUCAAAUUUAGUGAAAUGCUUGUUGAUUUCAAACAAUUAUGAAAACAUUUAUGUUAAAUGCAUUUUGACGUA